CGACCAAUGGGGCUGCAGAGCGGAGACGAGCCUUCAGCAGCAGCCUCUCAUCUCUCACUACAGUAGGCUAAGGCUGUAACGCACACUGGUGGUCAUGUGACGGUCAUAUAGUACAACUCAGGCAGGUCCCCGUCCAGUUGGAAAGCUGCUGCCGCGCUGCAUGGCGAGUCUCAAGGGCAACAGCUGCUCUGGCUUUGGACUGCCGCGUCGGAUGCCACGGACAGAACCAUUACUCCGCGCGCCUUCUGCAUUGGGGUGUCAGUGGGUUUCAUUCAACAAGACACACCGUAUCCGGACUGGAGACCUUGGAUUGUAAGAGUGUUUCCGCAACGCCUACUUUUUUUGAGAGAGAAACACCAGAUGUUUUGAUAUCUUCCCUAUUUGGGAAGUGUGGCCUCUGUGAUCCGGGUUUAAUUGGCCUUACUUCCCCAUCGGUGGAGGGAAUCAUUUUCUGACCAAUCUUCCCAACCACGGACUCCAACUAAAGACAGUUGGUUGCUCGUCACUGUCCAGGAAUGGUGGACAACUCCCCCGUUAGUAAGGGGGCUUUUCUUCCUUACAGUGUCUCGUCACAGGACUACCGGCUGUCAGAUAUGGUGAUAGACCUGAGCUCAUACCAGGUGAUGCCGUCACCGUUUUCGGAGGAUGACCGGAGCGAGUCGUCCAGCCCUCGUUCUUGUUCCAGCCCCGACUCCCAGGUGCUCAGCUCCAGCUACGGUAGCAACUCCAGUGCUGAGAGUCAGGACAGCAUCCUGGAUCACCUGCUGUCCCAGGCCUCUUUGGGGGGUGCCAACAGUGUGCUGGCAGAGUCUGUUGCACCUAUACCAUUAUCCACUUUCUUUCGGGAGUCACGGAGAGACAUGCUUCCCAAAUGCCAGCCUGCGAAGGAGGAACAUUUUGACUUUCUAUCCUGGGCCAAUGUAGAGACAGAAGAACAACUUGGAGGGUCCUUUCAGCCCACACUGGAAGAGAUUGAAGAAUUCCUAGAGGAAAAUAUGGAAGUGGUAUCGAUGAAGCAGGAAAUCCACAAGGGUUGUCCAGGAUUUGGAGUUGGACUGGAGAAGGCUCUUGGUCUAGAGGUUGACCACGAGUGGUGCAGGGAUUCCUCCCCUGAGCCUAGGGCAGAGCCAAAGCCAGAGGCCAAGUAUUUAGACCAAACUGUCCCCACCUCCAGCGCUGCUGGCCUGGCUACUGCUGCCUCCAGGGAGACCAAAACUACACCAGUUAACUCCACCCGUGAAUCCAGCACAGCAGCCAGGAAGGCAACGGACAACAAACCUUCGUCAGAAGACAGUGUCACAAAUGGUAGUGGGAUGCCCGUUGUAGUGCAGAUUCAGCCCCUUCACAUCAAGCAGGAGCCCACGGUAGCACCUAUUACCCCAGUUGUACCGCCCCCACCGUCCACCCCAGCCUCAGACAUCAAAAUUGCACAGCUUCUAGUCAACAUCCAUGGUCAGACUUUUGCCCUGGUGCCCCACAUCGUGCCCUCCACUAGCCUUAACGUCUCCUCCAAGUUUGUACGCAUCGCUCCAGUCCCCAUUGCGGCCAAACCGCUCGGGGAUAGCUCAGCCGGCCAGGGCUCAGGGAUACUUAUUGGAGGUCAAAAGUUCCAGAAGAACCCGGUGGCAGAUUUUAUCAAAAUGCACAAAUGCACUUUCCCUGGCUGCACCAAAAUGUACACCAAGAGUAGCCACCUGAAAGCUCACCUGAGGAGGCACACAGGGGAAAAGCCUUUUGCCUGCAACUGGCAAGGCUGUGGAUGGAGGUUUUCCCGAUCCGACGAGCUGUCGCGACACCGGCGCUCCCACUCAGGAGUCAAGCCCUACCAGUGUCUGGUGUGUGAGAAGAGGUUCGCCCGCAGCGACCACCUGUCAAAGCACAUCAAGGUCCACCGCUUCCCCCGCAACAGCAGGACAGUCCGCGCAGCAAACUGAAGAAGCCUGUCAAGCUUUUGGUUUCAGCAGUAUGCUUUCUCCUAAUUUAUUGUCCAAAAGUAAACCGUCCUGUCUGUGUCCAGCUGAAGGUUUUUUUUUUGUGCUGCUUGGACCUUUUUUUCAUUCUGUUUGGAGUAUUUGACAUCUUUGGUAACAGUACACGCGGCGUGGAUCAAAGCCGCCUUUUAUCUUCCAGAGAGCUGACAGCGUCUUGGACAUUCUUUCUUCUCACGCAAUGUUUAGGAAGUCAGAGGAAGUUCAUUGGGAUUGUCAUUAGCUACAACCAGUAUCAUCUUUCAUUGACAGUGGUUGAAUACAUUUAUUGUUCCACUUUGACAGAGGCACGUGAAACCUCGCCAAAGUCAAAGUUGGCUCGGCAUUGUCGGGCGGAAACCUCUCUGCACUUUUUCAUAAUUUUCAUUUUGUAUUUUUCAUACACGAUUUUUACUCUCACCGGUUAAAUCUGUCUAUGGGUUUUACAAAUAUUUAACCAAUGAAAAGUGUAAAAAUGAAAAAGGGCUUAGGAAUACAUCUUGAAACUCGAUCUGGUACUAAAACUGCCUGCAACUUCGUCUGUGGACUGCAGUGUCACAAAACAAUCUUACAAAAACUGUGAAACUGAGGAAUGGCAUAGCAACACACGGAAUCCAGACAGGAAACUAAAAGGGUCAAUGUCGAAUCGGCCUUGUGUCAUGUGAUCGGCGUUACGUUGCU